CCUGAGAAUUUCACCCGGAAGCGGAUGUUGCUAUGGAGCUCAGACUUGGCCCGGGAGUACUGGCAGAGUGACCGACCAAUAGAGGCUGGGCUCGGUGAGUGGGCGGCGUUCCGGCGGUUGGCGGGGAGAAUGAUCUGAAGUGACUGGAGGUUGUGCGGGCCGAAGUCAACCCGUGUCUGGGCCGAGGAGAGGCCCGAGAAUGUCACAUGAAGAAAUGGACGUCGACCUGUUUGGUGCGCACGCUCCAGCAGACGACUCAACGUCCAGACAGCUGCCCGGGGGAGACUCCGUCUUCAUCCUGCCGCCUCCAAUGAUGUUUGCGGAGCUGAUGAGGGAGCGGAUCUCUGCGCCGGAGCUUAACAAUGAGGUGAUCGUGCUGGAAGGAGGCGAGAACCUGACGACGCACGAUCCAUCGCCCGUUGAGUCGCAUACCUCCAACGCACUACAGAUGCUGCAGGGGGCGCUAGAGCAACUGCGGCAGGCUGCCGAGCUGAACUCUUCGACGCAUCAAACGCGGACUCGGAGGAGGAGCACCAGGAGGCAGCAGAGAGGGGGCUCCCAGCGGACGUCCGGUACCAGCUCACGGACUGGACUCAUGAACUUCUUCCAACUGAGAGGAGGCCAGGGACCGGCACUGCUGGGAGAGGGGAGCAGAAGUAUCAGCCAGGUAAUGUCGGGGGCCAAUGAGGAGUCUGAAGACAGUUCUGAUGAUACAGUGUUGCUAGGCGAUGAAGAAGGGGGCAGCUCCACCGAAGUGGAAGAGGAGGACGCCACAUCUGCCCAACCCGCAGAGCCAGCUCCAGAGGAACUCCAUAUAAACCUGGUAGAAGCGGGUACAGAAGCCCCCGUCACCUCGGCGCCAGAGGUUAUUGUGGUGGAGGACUUUACGUCAUCGGAACCCCCAGCCAAAAUCAAACAGCGGACACCCGUAAAGCAUACAUGGGGCGCUCCAGCAAUAGAAGAGGAGGAGGGGGACACUUGCACCAUCUGCUUCGAGCCGUGGACCAACGCCGGGCAGCACCGCCUAUCUGCGCUGCGAUGUGGACAUCUCUUUGGCUUUACAUGCAUCGAUCGGUGGCUGAAAGGAGGAGCAAACAAGUGUCCGCAGUGCAACAAGAAAGCCAAGCGGUCAGACGUUGUGGUCCUGUACGCCCGGACGCUGAAGGCGUUGGACACCAGCGAGCAGGAACGCAUGAAGAGUUCUUUAGAGUUGGAGCAUUCUCUGCGGAAGAAGGCGGAGCUUGAAUCAGCGCAGUGUCGGCUUCAGGUCCAGGUACUGACGGACGAAUGCGGGAAACUUCGCAAACAGAUCCAGGAAUUGAAGAAGUUGAUGGCCCAGCAUGGUACCAGCUCCUCUCAGCUGCCAUCCUCCUCCCGGGCAGCAUCUAGUUCUCUGUCCUCCAGCCAAGGUCAACACAAGUACAACUUUGAGAAGGCUAUCCUCAUCAAUCAGACCGGGAACUGCCGCGUCAUGUCUUACUGUGAGUGGUUGGGCUGCCUCGUGGUGUCACAGCCAUCCUCUCAUGCCACCCUCAUUCCUGGGUGUGGUGUGAAGAAGAUAAGUGCGGCCAAUAUGAAGAGCAGCCAAUACAUUCCCAUCCAUUCCAAACAGAUCCGUGGCCUGGCCUUCAAUGCCCGCUCCGAUGGCCUCCUCCUCUCCGCUGCUCUGGAUAACACUGUUAAAUUGACCAGCUUGCUAACGAACACUGUGGUGCAGACCUACAAUGCCGGGCGGCCGGUAUGGAGCUGCUGCUGGUGCUCCGAUGACACCAACUAUGUUUACGCUGGCCUCAUUAAUGGCUCAGUUCUGGUGUACGACCUGAGGGACACGAGCCAGUAUGUAAAGGAACUGACCCCGCAGGCCUCUCGCUGUCCUGUGGUUUCUCUCUCCUACGUGCCUCGUGCCGCCUCGGAGGUCUUCCCCUGUGGAGGGGUGCUGGCGGGGACCCUAGAAGGGGCAUGUUUUUGGGAGAUGAAGGAUGCCCAGUACAAGCCACACUUACUGCCCCUGGAGCUUGGGGGUUGUACUGACAUCCAGAUGGAGAGCAGCACAAGGCACUGCCUGGUCACUUACCGGCCAGGGAAGACCCAUAACUACAUGCGCUGUGUGAUGAUGGAACUCACCAGCAACCGCCUGACGGACUCUGCAGAUGAGUACAGUUGUUCCUGUUAUCCAGUACAGACCUUCAAUGCGGGACCCACCUGUAAACUCCUUACCAAGAACGCCAUAUUCCAGAGUCCAGACCGUGAUGGCAGUGUACUUGUGUGUGCCGGAGACGAGUCUUCCAACUCUGCCAUGCUCUGGCACUCCGGGAGCGGCAGCCUCGUCCAGAAGCUACAAUCUGACCAGCCAGUGUUGGACAUCUGCCCCAUGGAGGUCAACCAGACCAGCCUGCUGGCCACCCUGACAGAGAAGAUGGUGAAGAUCUACAGAUGGGAAUGAGGAGGACAUGAAGCCACCUGACCACAAUUAGCCACAUUCACUGAUCUAAAAACUGUUCGCUUUCCUUCCAGGAUCCCAUUGGAUUUUUAAAGGGGGGGGGGGUAUAAAUAUGGCUACGAAGAGCAACGAGCGGUGGUUCUUCAGAUGGUUGAUGGAUAAGAGCUUGGUCGCUUGUAAUGGUUUCAGAAUUGGAAUGCUUGUAGUUGUUCUUAUAGCCACCUUGCCCAAGGUCCAGUUCUGCUCAUCUUUUCAGAUCUCCUCUGCUGCAAAAUACUCCGUACUUAUGGGUGUGAGGAAGCAUGUGACCACCUCCCAUGGCACGGCGUUUGGGCCCCCUAAUGGGGGAGGGGGGAGGCUGCAAUGCCAGGUAAUUUUUCAGCAGAUGCAAUGGCGGAAGGAGCAGCAAGAGCGUGAUGUGAGGGGGGGGGGGCCUGAAUGAGCGAGGGGACAGGUUCUCUUUGAGGAAGGAUCACAGAGGACUUAACCCUAAUCUGUUCCCAUGUUUAGUAUGGAGACCCUUCUGUAGGCCUGACAAGGUGCCGAUCCUGACCGCUGCAUAUGACCUGUCGGGUGGGGGCGGGGGGCGUAUCCUCCACACCCUGUCUUCCUCCACACCCCGUCUUCCUCCAUGUCACAGGACAGAGUGUCAUAAACCCAAGGAGGAAUGUCACCGCUGCCCCAGAAAAGUUUGUUUGUUGGAUGUUUAUGUAUAGUGUGUAUUGUCAUUGUAAAUAUUCUAAUUGUAUAUUGUAACAUUCCUCUUUUGUCAAUAAAGAAGUACUUGUUUUAGUGCAUUGGAUGCACAGUAAGUUUUACCCGA